UUUUUUUUUUAUUAUUAUUAUUAAUAACUUUCGACAAAACGACGAUGGCUGAUCUUGAUAGACAACUUGAACAGUUACGAAGAGGAGAAAUCAUAUCAGAGCAAGAAGUUAAAGAGCUAUGUACAAAAGCAAGAGAGAUUUUAAUUGAAGAGAGCAAUGUCCAACGAGUCGAUGCUCCAGUUACCAUUUGUGGUGACAUUCAUGGUCAAUUCCAUGAUUUAAAAGAACUAUUUCGAGUGGGAGGUGAAUGCCCAGAUACAAAUUAUUUAUUCAUGGGUGAUUUUGUCGAUCGUGGAUAUUAUUCAGUCGAAACAUUUUUAUUAUUAUUAGCACUUAAAGUUAGAUACCCUGAUAGGAUUACACUUAUUCGAGGAAAUCACGAAAGUAGACAGAUUACUCAAGUGUAUGGUUUUUAUGACGAAUGUACACGUAAAUUUGGAUCAGCUAAUGUUUGGAGAUAUUGUUGUGAAAUUUUUGAUUAUUUAAGUUUAAGUGCUAUUAUUGAUGAUAAAGUGUUUUGUGUGCAUGGUGGUCUUUCUCCUAGCAUAAAUACAGUAGAUCAGAUUCGAACUAUUGACAGGAAACAAGAAGUUCCUCAUGAUGGAGCUAUGUGUGAUUUGCUUUGGUCAGAUCCAGAAGAAAUUGAUGGAUGGGGCUAUAGUCCAAGAGGGGCUGGGUACUUGUUUGGUGCAGAUGUUGUGCAAGGAUUUUUACAUACAAAUAAUCUUGAUUUUAUUGCACGGGCACAUCAGUUAGUUAUGGAAGGAUAUAAACCAAUGUUUAAUGAUACAAUUGUAACAGUUUGGUCAGCACCUAAUUAUUGCUAUAGAUGUGGUAACAUCGCUGCAAUAUUGGAAUUAGAUGAUUAUUUAACAAAACAAUAUAAAUUAUUUGAAGCAGCGCCUCAACAGCAUGAUUUUCGGGGUGCACCACAAAAGAAAUCUUUACCUGAUUAUUUCCUUUAAAUAACAAUGUAUAAUUUACAAGUUUCAAGUAAAAGUUGACAUUUUAAUUGCAUUCGACUUUCCCAUUCUUUAUCUUG